GUUGCUCACACGUGAAAAUGUAUGCGUCGCAUAUAAAUAGGCUCUGCGAGAAACGUUUGUUAUUUUUUUAGUUCCGUCACCGGGGUUCCAAAAUGGCGGCCGCUUUACUGAAGGUUGCAGUUUCCAGUCUUUCAAGCUAUUGCCAUCUCACACUUCGAAGAGCACAUUCGACCUCAGCAUCCCUUCAUCAGGGUAGCCUUGGAUCACUGUGGAAUCUUGGAAAGCUGAAUCAUAUUGCCAUUGCUGUCCCAGACAUGGACAAGGCCACAGCUUUGUAUCGAGAUGUCCUGGGGGCCACAGUGAGUGAAAAGGUGCCUCUACCAGAGCAUGGUGUCUACACAGUGUUUGUAGAGCUUGGCAACACUAAGCUGGAGCUUCUCCAUCCGCUUGGUGAGAAGAGCCCAAUUUCUGGAUUUUUGCAGAAGAACAAAGCUGGAGGAAUGCACCACAUUUGUAUUGAGGUUGAUGACAUCAACGCUGCAAUCAAAGACCUGAAAGUGAAGAACAUCAGAACUCUUUCACCAGAGCCGCGAAUAGGAGCUCAUGGGAAACCAGUGAUGUUUCUUCAUCCCAAAGACUGUGACGGUGUAUUAGUGGAGCUGGAGGAAGCAUAACAAAGAUCACGAGCCCUGUUUGUUGAGCCUUAUAUAUAUUCUAGAGCAGUGGUUCAUAACCUAGGUUCGAUCGGUGAGUCGGUCUCAAGAGUUCGGCAGAACCUCCACCAGGUCCGAACACAAGCUAGCAUUGAACAUAAAAUUUCAGUAGAGGUAUGUUUGAACACGUUUCACAAAAAUCAUGUGUUGAAUUAA